AGUGAUUCAAUCAACACAGCAACGAUCAAAAUUCUCUGUUUGUACAAUGUCAAAAUUCGAAGUUCAAAUACUGAAGUAAUUCUACUUCUGUGAUGGCCGGAAUUACCAUUUCGGCAAACGAAAAAUUUCACAAAUGGAAAAUGCGUUAGUUUUUCAUAACUGAUUUGGACUUGACUCAGACUUCCUCCUUAACUUCACAUGCAAUUUUUUAACAAAAACUACCUCCCAAGAUUGAAUCGUCAAUUAACAACAUGAAAAAGUAAAUUAUGAAAGAAAAUGUUUGGUGCGCUAACUAAAAUGAGGUAGACAAAGUAGCGACUGACAUUGACGACAUUCCCCGACAAACCACACAGGCAGCAAUAAAAUUCUCUACUAUUGAUUUUAGCAUGAUUCCUUGAUAAGUAACCACCCAAUCGGAUAGACAUCUGGAAUAAACUGUUAAUAAUAGACCUUGAAAAAAUUGGCUGUACCUCAAAUUUUAGCACGUUACUUGGAAAGAUGUAAUUGUACAGUCAACUGGGAUUAUUAUGUUAGUCAAAGAAUUUUCGAAUGAAUGAAAAACUUGUGCCAAAUGUAUAUAUUUAUCCAUUGAUGUUUUUCAACAUCGCGACUACAAUAAGGAUAUUGACUUCAUAGAAAUGGAGUAGUUCAAAGAUAUGGAAGGAUCUGAAUGUAUCUUUUUACUUAAAUUUUGGACUGUGCGAGUUUUACCUACAAGGGCAGGUUUCGUCGAUCUCAAGGGGUUGGAUUACAUCAAGUUUUAAUAGUCGGAAUAUACCUAAUAAGUUUAGUGAGCGUUCCUUAUACACUUUCGGCCCCAACAAGAUUACAAGACAUGACCGACACAGACCAGCCUAAAUGGAUUAAUCCGUGCGGGAUCGAUAUGGGAUCCGUUUUGCAUACGCUAAAUAUCGAAGUGCCAAAAGUGUCCGACUUAGACUUACUAACCUCCAUUAUAAAUCAGGCCAGGAUUGCACUGUCAAAGGCGAAUCAGUUCAAGGACGAGUUUGCACAACAAAUAUUCAAGUCAAACCUCGAACAACUGCACAAAAAUUGGAAACAAGCGAGGUACGAGUGGCUACCGCAGGAAUCGCAGAUACCCAAGAAUCUCAACGAAGCCGUUUCCGAAGAGCAUCUAGAAAUGCUCAAGAUGGAUAACGCCUUGGUGGACACAUACGAGCACCUCCAGAAGAUAGCGGUUGGGUUGGAACAAGUGGUCCUCGACCAAGAGCGCGAACGUGGCCCGCUGGUCGAAAACUUUAAGCAAUCUGAACUCAAUCUCCGCUUGGUUCUUUGCGAACUACAAAUGGCUACUUACGAGAGGGGCAUUCACAAUAAAUUACACCCCGACGUCACCAGAGACCUAAUGCCAGAUUACUUAAGAAACGACAACGUGAAUACUUCCAGAAAUCUACGCGACUGGAUCAUAUACAGAGAUUACAUGAACACGUUGGAAUAUGUGAUACAAGUUUUUGAUUAUUUCAAAAGCAAGCUAUGAAGAGUAUUAUAUCCAAAUUUUGGAAAUGUCGAUGUUGUUGCCUUUGAUGUGUAGACAUUACCUAAAUUAGGUGCAGCUGGAACUCUUAACUAAUUUUCGGGGCUUUUAUCACAGCAAUUUUAAAUUAUUGUUAGACAUAGAUUAUUUAUUGUAUAUAUUAUGAUAACGUAUUAUUUUAUUAUUUAUACAUUAUUUAUAAGAUUUAACAGUAUUGAUUUAUAUGGACAUCUGUGCAGAACUUGCAAAUUGUCACUCCAUAAAUUGUCCCAGUUUCGUUUCUAUAGAAACUUAAGUUCUGCCUGUCUUUUUAACUAUACUUCUGUGAUAAAGUGGGCUAUAUAUAUAAAUUACAUAUUUAUUGUUGGUAAA